AAAAAAUAAAAUCGCACCAUUGCGAGGGGAGAGAUAUUAAAAAAAUAAAGACUUAAAAUUUUUACAACUUGUUAUAAUAUAUCGAUGUAAUAAAUCGAAGUAUAAUCUAAAAUAUCUGUUGCCUAUAAUACCGGCCGGUUGUAACUAUCGUUAUAAUUAACGCCGUGUGCUGCACGCGAUGACAAUCCAGUAUUUAUUGAAAAUAUAAUAAUUAAUCACACGGUGAAAGAGAAGGAAAAGAUAUCAUACGUAAGAAAUAUUUGAAAAAAUCGUCUGUAAACCGAGUGGAUGGAAGAAAUAAUUGAAAGCAAAAUUCGUUGCCCAUUAAUCGACCCUAAGUAACGAUAAAAUAAUAUAAAGCUUAUGUAAAAAGUGCGGGAAUUGAAAUUUUUAUUCCAAAUGAUAAAGCGUCGAGUACCGCAAGGAUUUCUCGAAAGUUCGGUGAAUUUUACCGGUUAGAUAAAAUAAAAAGAAAAAGAGAGCUUCAAAGAGUUUUCACAGUGCAAGGAGUGGUUUUGCUGCGUAACGAGUUGAGUGUGCGCCGAGAUUAAUUGCCGGCGAAAAAGAAGUGUGCUUUAAAAGCAGAGACACGCAUCCCGAAAGGCGGCAGCAGGUUCCUCCCCAGGGAAUUGUCCAGUGAUCGUAUCCCGUAGCCGCAUGAAGAUGGACCUCGGCGAGGAGGAAACGGAAAUUGGGGGAACCCAGCACGGGCAUCAUCCGCACUACACGACUUACGCGAAGCACGACUCCAACGGAGGCGGCAGGGGCGGCGUUCGCGGCGGGGGCGGCGGGGGCGGUGAAGGGGGCGAGAGAAGGAUGGUGGACAUCACAAGGGACAAGCCAAUUAAAGUUUCAGUCAGAGUUCAAGUCCCCGUCAGGGAUCAUCCAAAGUUCAACUUCGUUGGAAAACUCCUGGGACCUAAGGGCAAUUCUCUGAAGCGACUACAGGAAGACACGAUGUGUAAAAUGGCUGUUUUGGGACGCGGUUCCAUGAAGGACAGACAAAAGGAGGAGGAGCUGAGACUCAGCGGCGACGCUAAAUUCUCACACCUAAUGGAGGACCUCCACGUCGAGAUAUCGGCGUACGCAACACCGGCCGAAGCUCACGCGAGGAUCGCCUACGCGCUGGCUGAAGUUCGCCGAUUUUUGGUUCCGGAUUACAACGACGACAUCAGGCAGGAACAAAUGUGGGAAAUGCAGAUCCUAAGCACACAGGGACGCGAAGGCUCGCAAGCUGCGGAGGCGCCCUCCAGUCCUGAACUCAGCUCGGACGCGGCGAAUUCUCCAACCGCUGCGACCACGGCGGCGUCCAUCGAAGGCCAAGACUCGACUCCAAGACCAACACCGUCGCCGCCGAAUCCGGCGACCCUCAAAACACAGGGUACCGUUCUUCAGACCGUAACAUCAACGCUAGGGGGCCGGAAGCGACCGCUACUACCUGGAGGUCGUCCAACAAUGUCGCCGACGAAGCGGACCGUGAUGUCGCUCCUGGCUCGGGCUCGUGCGGCCCAAAACAAAGAGCCGCUUCCGCCGCCACCCUCAAUUGUGGGAGCGGCACACCCUGCGCACCCAACGCACCCUCAGCCUCCGGCACCACUCAUUCAAGCCGCGCUCCAGCUUCCAGCCGGAGCUUUGCAGCCUGGAACUCAGGCCCCGGUUGGGCCCCAAGUGUCCCAGCUUCAGUUGGCGGCGGCCCAAGCGGCCUCUCCUCACACCACGGCUUCCCAGCGACAGUCCAUCCUGCCGCCACAUACCCAGCACCAAGUCAUACCACCGGCGAUACAUGGCCUGCUUCACGCGCAUUUCAGGAGGGCCGCCGCUGGGGCGACGGUGGUUCCCAUCCUGCGGGAGGAUUUCAUGGCGGGAGUCAACCUCGUUUAAGCUACUGUUUUCACCAGGUCCAAAAUUUCCGAAUAGUAUAAUUACUUGGCCCGCAGAGUUCAGCGGCGAAGUGACCGUACGCCAAUGCCAAAAAGUAAGAAUAUGAAGAGGAAGAAGAAGAAGAAGAAGAAGAAAACGGAAUUGAGGAAUAGGAAGAAGGGUAAUAAGAGGAAAAAUAACAACGCAUUAAUUAUUAUCGAGUCAAAUAUAAGUACUAUUAUAAUAAAUUGAAAAACUACGUUUUAAGCGAUUACGUAGGUAAGCGAUCAUACCUAAUAACACCUACCUAUAUCUAUCUCUGUCUACGUUUUCCGCUACCACAAACAAUAUGAUUAUACCUAUAUUCAUAUUGAUGCAAAUUAAUGCUUUUGGAAUCAAAUUAAUUGCACACAACGUUACUAAAAGGAUAAAUUGUCAUAUACACACUAAAUACCUAGUGCCGUGUGUUGUAAUAUGUAUAAAAGAAAUUGAAGCAAAGUUUAUAAGUGUAAAGGGAUCGCUUAUAAUUAUUAUAUACACACACACACAUAUAUAUAUAUAUAUAAUAUAUUCAAGACAAAACAAAACACGGCGCAUUUCGCACGGACCAAUCAGCACCCUCUUUUGCUAAGGAUGUAGAUACUCCUCUCCCAUUUAUUUCACUUUUAUUACCAUGUAUUAUAAGAUGAUUUAUUUCUCCGUUCCAUUUUUCACCUGCUCUCACGUCUCAUAAUUCCUCUCACAGCUGUUAUCGAUUUUCAUCCAAACGACUGCAGCUCACCACCAUCUUUUUCUCACUUAAAUAUGCCAAGUUUGUCGUUCAUAAUUAAUAGCAAACGUAAACUCGAGUGGAUAAAUCUAAUCGUAAAAAUAACUAACUAUUUGUGUAUAAUAGGUAAAUUUGAAUUUCUUAAAACAAGCGAGAUUCAGCUUAAAAAAAAAAAAAAAUACGUUCCACGAAUAUGCAACGUAUACUAUCAAAAAGCAUACUUGGCAAACAUGUACCUAAACAUAUAUAUGCAUAGGCAUGUAUUAUAAUUGCAUUCGCAAUCCAUCGAUCCUCUUGUAUUAGUUAUUAUUCUGAAUUGUUAUAUUAUAUAUUAUUGUUCUUACAUUAUGUACGAAUCGAUCAGGGCUUUGUAACUUGUUAUUAUAAAAUUUACAUUAUGUACCGAUAAUAUUACUAAUCGAUGUGCAACACGGGCACCAUUGAUGGAUAUACCCUGUACGUCUUACGUGUAUAACUUGUACAAUGCUUGUUAAAAAACAAAGUCAAAUACCAUUAUACCUAGAGAGAAAACAGCUUUCAGAUUCACGUGGUGCUCAUAAUGUGAAAAUCCACAUAACGUGAAUUUUGAAAAUUCGACAUGUACGCUCAAGGUAUAACAUGAAAUUUGAUGCUUUUGUCGAAUAACGCAAACUUCGUUUCUCCAACUGUUUAGAAUCUGAUCAACGUUUUUCUAGUCGAGAGAAAUCUAGUUUGAUAUCCCGUGAUAUCAGUUGAAAUAGAUAAGUAAGGUGUCGUAGAAAAAUGGUUAGUGAAAUCAGGUAUUUACAAAAAUAUUGUUUGUCCUCCGGACUAUCCGUAAUAAAUUUUAAUAUUUUAAAAUUUCUCGGUCAAAAUCAGCCCGCGGUGUUAUUCAAAUUUUAAAAAUAAUUACGAACAAACUCCCUGUACAUAGAUAAAUUAUAUAUUUUAUUUCUCACCUACACGUAUAGCGUUCGGUUCACAAAUUAGAUUCAGUAUAAAUUUAAGAUUCGUAUAAGAAGGGUCGGACGAAAAGAGAACGUGAGAAGGUAAAUUAACAUAAAAAAAAAAGAAUUAAAAAAAAAAAAAAUGAGAAAAGACGAAGAAAUCGUUACCUAAUGUAAUUACUAAUUAGUGAUACUACAUAGAAUUAUAUGCAUAAUAUAAUAUA